AUGAGACCAGCGUUUGCUCAAGUCGCUACAGAAAACAUCAUCAAAUUAGCAGAAUUUACCCGUCAAGUGGUGUAUAGAGCCCAACUAUUUGUGAACUACUACAUUACUGAUAACUACGAAACAACGACUGGUCACCCAUACCUUUAUGAGCAGAACUUCUGGUACAGCAUCUGCAAGCUUAUAUUAGGGAAGCGGGUCAGAAAUCGACAAUACAUGGGCAUGUCGGUCACGCUUGCCUUUGAUGACUUUAAAAGCAAAUUUCCUACAAUCGUUUACAGUCUGAAGACACAUCCCGUGAAGGGAUACAGCGAUUCGCUGGCAGCGGCCUGCGUGACACUGGCCACUACUUAUUCAAACUUUAUAGUAGAGAAUUUUGAAAAUAGGCUCAAGCACUACGCUCGAACAUGUUUGAAGCAUCUGUUCCCUGUAAGUCAUGAUCGCAUCCAUAACAACUGUAGUAGCAGAGUGUUUCACGAAGUUCUGUUUAUUUUAUGUUCUAGGAGCAUAAGAAAAGAGAAAUCGACAGAAUCGUCAACGAAUACUGCUUCAAAAAGAUAA